AUGUCAUCACCUAGCAAUAACAACAGUAAAUCAACCUCGAGCCUUCAUCGAUCACUUUCUGGCCAUCUGCAACGGUUACACAUUCGCAACCAAGACUCUGCUGCAUCUGGUAACUCUCAAGAAAUCACCGAAAAGCGUUCAGGUGCAUAUAUGCGGGUGUUGGAGUGUUGGGACGUGGGGAGUAGCAGUGCUUCUCGCAAGUUCUCUUUGCAGUCUAAAUCGCCUCCACCAUUGCCUCAAUAUCGACCCCAUGGUGCUUCCGACAACAAUAACAGUAGUAACACGGGUAUUGAUGCCAUCCAACCAAUCAAACGAUCCAAAUCUCAGUCGACCUCAUCGUCUUCAGCAAACAAACUCACCUCAUCAUCAUCCCUUAACAGCAAAUCUCGUCAUCGUUCACCACCACCAUCUACUAGUUCGCCCAUCGUAAAAUCUAACAACAACAAUACUGCUUCCUCCCAACAUAAUCAUCCUGUCGCCUCAUCCCAUCCUAACAUAUCCACCGCCGCUGCAACCUCCCUUACCGCCCAUAACAACAACGUUAACAACAAUUCAUCGACAUUGACAUCCAAUUUAGGCAACAGCCAGAUCAGUGAGACGAGUGACGAUUCUGCCGAGGAAAUGAUGAAGGAACUCUCGAAUGCAGGGUUUGGUAAAGCGCGUGACCGGACGACAUUCAAGGGUGUCUUUGGCAAAAUGGUUGGCAGCUUUAACGAUCUGCUCAAUAAGGAUAAGGCGGCAAACACGGAGGAAAAGGAAAUGGAGAUCUCGGGCCCAUAUAAUGCCAAGCAUGUAACGCACGUAGGCUUCGAUCCCACCACGGGUGAGUUUACUGGUUUACCCUAUGAAUGGCAAGUUCUGUUGAAGCAGAGUGGCAUUUCCAAGAAGGAACAAUACCAGAAUCCUCAGGCUGUCUUGGAUGCCAUUGGAUUCUACCAAGAGUCUCGAAACCAUGAUGAUUCCGUCUAUCACAAGAUGGAAAAGGCUCAUACUGCCAGCCACCUCCAUUCGUCAUCGUCAUCGUCCGCUGCAGCUGCAGCAGCAGCAGCAGCAAUAGCAGUAGGAGGAACAGGAACAGGAGGGGCCCCGUCACCUAUUAACUUUAGUCCCCAGAAGGAAAGCAUGUCGCCACCGGGAUCUCCUAUUGGCUAUGACCGAAACAAGCUCGGUAUGCAUUCAGAAGCUGGAACAGGGGUUGCACGGUCGAGUCCAACUUCGCCGACGAUGCAGAAAGCGACGCCACCGGAACAGCCGUUCACACCUGGGUCGUUGGAUCGAUUGUUGGCCGAAAACAAGGCCCAUUACCAGCAACAGCAGCAGCAACAACAACAACAACAGCAGCAGCAACCAGCUCCUGUCAAGCCAACAUCGCCUCAUCCUGCUCGUGAUUAUGAUAUCAAGCGUAAACUCAGUACCAAGCAACGUCGUCCUGACAAUGAGCAACAGCAGCAAUCCCCGCCUCCCCUUCACAGCCCGCUUAUCGGAUCGCCAGGCACUGUGCGACAACGGCCGAAAGAACGCAAGAACAAUGCAAUGAAGGAUGCUGAAGUCGUCGCCAAACUCCGCACUAUCUGCAUAGAGGAUAAUCCGAGCAAGAUCUAUCGCCAUAUGACAAAGAUUGGUCAAGGUGCUUCCGGAGGUGUCUACACUGCACAUGCAGAAGGUCGAGACCUUCCUGUUGCCAUCAAGCAAAUGAACUUGGAACAACAGCCAAAGAAGGAACUGAUCAUCAACGAGAUUUUGGUCAUGAAGGAAUCACGGCAUAAGAACAUUGUUAACUUUAUCGACUCGUAUCUCUGGCGCGGUGACCUUUGGGUUAUUAUGGAGUACAUGGAAGGCGGUAGUCUUACGGAUGUCGUGACGCACAACAUGAUGGUCGAGGGCCAGAUUGCUGCCGUAUGUAAAGAGGUAAUAGCGGGCUUAUGUCAUUUGCAUGAAAAUGGAGUCAUCCAUCGCGAUAUCAAGAGCGACAAUGUGUUAUUAAGCAUGAACGGUGAUAUCAAGCUGACCGAUUUCGGCUUUUGUGCGCAAUUAAAUGACACACAAGCAAAACGCACUACCAUGGUGGGCACACCGUAUUGGAUGGCACCUGAGGUGGUAACAAGAAAGGAAUACGGUCCAAAGGUUGACGUAUGGAGCUUGGGUAUUUUGACGAUCGAAAUGAUUGAAGGCGAGCCACCGUACUUGAACGAAAAUCCAUUGCGUGCGCUGUACCUAAUUGCCAACAACGGUACACCCGCUCUUCAAGAACCCGAGUUUAUUGAACCGGUCUUUAGAGAUUUCCUUGACAAGUGCCUUGCCGUUGAAGUAGAGUUCCGUCCAUCUGCCGCAGAGAUGGCAACACAUCCUUUCCUUGAAUGUGCUGAUCCUCUUCCUUCUCUUGCGCCCUUGAUUCGUGCGGCUCGUCGUGCAGCUGCUAUGCAACGAGUAGGAUAA